AUGUUAUCUCAAGAUUGGAAAGAGUAUGUGCUGCUUGCUGGAGAUCAGCUACAAGAGAAUUGCAACGUCGUGAUCACCAAGACUCCAAUCGCCCUGGUCUGUCAGAAGCCAUUUUGCCUAAUGUUGGAUCAACUAGCGAUCUCAAUAUUCCUGAGCCGCCCCCUCUUCCACAACAAAACCUACACACUACUCAUAUUAGAUCAAAUCCAACAAUUAGGUCUUCAGUGUGUAAGCGUGCGGCUAGCACAUCCAAUCACUGUAUAUUUGUUAAUUGUUUUGAAACAGAACGUUUACUAG